AUGACGCCGUCAGUCCAGACACUCGUGCAGCCUUGCCCUGUCACUCCCAAGGAUUAUAUCGACUAUUCCGUAGACACCACAGAUACGGCAAGCGAUGACUCGGUACUACCCUCAGUUUCGGACUACCUCAAAGCCUUACCAGCUAGGCACCUGGAACCUCUCUGGUCCAGAAUGGAUGCCAUGGUCCCUCGCACACCUAAUCCGGUUGCGAAGCCCUACAUCUGGAAAUACAAGAGUACAUUGCCAUUGCUGUCAGCCGCAGGGAAACUGGUGCCGGAGGAGGAAGCGGAGAGGAGGGUCUUGAUGCUUGUGAAUCCCAGCAUGAGUAAGUCCAACGACACAGCUAUUCGUCCCAUUCACAUUAUAUUUUCGAAUUAUGAUAUGAUGUACUUGGCCACCCCCUUUUCCGGCGGUAUGCUUACAAAGUUUCAAUGUGCAGAUGCCCCUCACACAACAGACACAAUCUACGCUGGCCUCCAGCUCGUCAAUCCCGGCGAAACGGCGCCUGCCCAUCGGCACACGGCGUACGCGUGCCGCUUCAUCAUCUCUGGUGAAGGCUUCACAGCCGUUGAAGGCAAGAAAAUGCCCUUGAUUAGGGGCGAUGUCGUCAUGACGCCCUCCUGGCACUGGCAUGAUCAUGGGAAUGAAAGCAAGAAUCCAGUGAUAUGGCUAGACGCGUUGAAUCUGCCCCUUUUCACAUAUGCUCGUGUGCACUUUGCAGAAAACUACGCCGCGAGUCGAUAUCCCAGCACGCUCGGUAGCUUUUGUGAGUGGCGCCAUCCUUGGGAAACGACCCAACGGGCAUUGGACGCUAUGCCAGGACCCCAUGUCACGUACCAUUACAAAACUACUGACGGCAACGCGCUGUCUACUACACUUGGCGUUCAGGCAGAACGUGUCAACGCCGGCGUGACGACAGAGAUUAUGCAAGAUACUACCUCCUUUAUCUACCACUGCUAUGAAGGGAAGGGCUACUCCGUGAUAGGGUCAUCUGCAGGUGCGGCGGAGAAGUUGUACUGGGAGACAGGAGACACAUUCGCUGUACCGGCGUGGUCAAAGGUGCAACAUGUCAAUGAAGGCGCAGACGCGGCCUAUUUGGUAGCAGUUCAUGAUGGACCCUUCUUGGACAGGCUGGGCCUCAGGGGGCUUCCGAACUAA